AUGACCAAGGCGAAAGCAAGCGCAUCAGGCUCGAGGCGGUCGCAGGUUGCAAAUGCCUGUCAGGCAUGUCGUGCGUCCAAAGUCAAGUGCUCCGGCAAACAUCCGACAUGCUCUCGAUGCACGGCGCGUGGCAUCGAGUGCUCGUACGAUGUGUCCGAAGAGGGCAUGACGAGGAGACAGCAUCUACGGCAAGAAUUCGACGAACAGAGACGGGAGCUUGACAGCGCCAUGAACAUCCUCGACGUUCUACGACACGGCAGCGAUCAAGAAGCCACAGAGACGCUGGCGCGAAUCCGUCUUGGAGAGACACUGCGAGAAGCCAAUGAUGGGAUUGAGAAUGCAAGGUCUUUGAAGAAUGAAGAAACCGCCUCGUCCGCGGGAGAUGUGCAAUCGGCACCAGACACGCCGUCGACGCAUGCUUUUGACCACCAGGGACACCUCGACCAUGCUCGUGCUCGCGCUUCUUUCUCGACAGCUUCCGCCAUCCCUUCUAGUAACUACUGGAGCCAAGGACCGCCCCAACCGCAAGUGCAAGCUUUUGCUCCUUCCUCGUCGAGAAGAUCGAGCCAGCGGCAACAACAGCAGCAGCAGCAAAAUCUGGGCACCCUGGAGACACAGAACUUCACGUGGCCAUCACCGCUUUCUUCAGAUCCUCAAUCUGCAGUUUCGGAAUGGAGUGGCAUAGGUAUCCAGCAGUUCGAGCAGUUAGAGCAGUUCGAUUUCGAGAUGGACAGCGACAUGCAACAACCUGACGGCAGCGAACGAGCAUCGACUAGAGGCGACAGUGACUACUCAAGGCCCACACAACCGGUGAAGACUGCAAGCUGCUUCGAAGGUGACGAAACCGGUCACGGAUUGGCCCAUGAAGCAAGCUGGUCAAGAGGCGUGUAUCCUAUGAGGGAACUUGCAGAACGCAGGCAGGAACAAGCGAGGAGGAAUAAUUUCCCAAUGAGCUCGACGGCCGAUGACAAUGUAGACGAUGACGAGGUGACGAAUUGGUGGUGA